GGAAGUUACGUGUAUCAACAAGACGCACGCACGUGCGGAGGAAGAAGCUGCAUGCUUUGCCGUUCAGGCUUCUGCGAGCAAUUAUGAUUAUUUAAGAACAUAAUACAUGUAAAAAAAACGGACGAGUAUCUAUUAAAAUGAAGUUUGCAUAUAGGUUUUCCAACUUGCUCGGAGCAGUUUAUCGUCAGGGAAACCUAAACUUCUCCAGAGAUGGGAACGCUGUGAUCAGUCCAGUUGGAAACAGAAUCUCAAUCUUUGACCUGAAGAACAACACAUCGGAGACAUUACCCGUCUCCACUACAAAGAAUAUAUCCUGUGUGGGUCUGUCUCCUGAUGGGAACUUGGCGAUUGUGGUGGAUGAAGAUGGCGCGGCGCUGCUGAUCAGCCUCAUCAGUCGAGCUGUCCUCCAUCACUUCCACUUUCACAAACCCGUCAGCAGUGUCCGCUUCUCGCCUGAUGGCAGAAAGUUUGUUGUCACCAAGGAGAAUGUUGCGCUGAUGUAUCACGCUCCUGGGAAGCAGCGAGAGUUUAACGCCUUUGUUUUGGACAAGAGCUACUACGGUCCGUACGAUGAGACGACCUGCAUCGACUGGACGGACGACUCCAAGUGUUUUGCUGUGGGAAGUAAAGACAUGUCUACGUGGGUGUUUGGUGCGGAGCGCUGGGCCAACCUCAUCUACUACUCCCUGGGUGGACAUAAGGACGUUGUUGUCGGCUGUUUCUUUGAGAAGGACAGUCUAGACCUGUACACGGUGAGUCAGGACGGGGCGCUGUGUGUCUGGGAGAGCGACACCGACCCGGAAGGACUCGUUCUAAAAAAGACCCAGGACAGUCCUAAACCGCUGAGACAGGAGGAGGAGGAGGAGGAUGACGAAGGCCGGGUGGAGGGAGAGGAAGGAGAGGUGAUCAGAGGAAAAUCUGAAGCUCCCAAAGAGAAAAACAAAGUAAAAAAUGUUCGAUACAAGCAGAGGAGCAAGCAUUUCUUCAAUAAAGAAGGGGAUUUCAACAACCUGACCGCUGCUUCAUACCACAAACCGACUCACAUCCUGGUCACAGGCUUCGCCUCCGGAAUAUUCCACCUGCACGAACUCCCAGAAUUCAACCUGAUCCACUCUCUCAGCAUUUCAGAUCAGAAGAUUGCCUCGGUGGCUCUCAACAGCUCCGGAGACUGGAUCGCUUUAGGAUGCUCGAGGAUGGGUCAGCUGCUGGUGUGGGAGUGGCAGAGCGAGUCGUACGUCUUCAAGCAGCAGGGACAUUUCAACAACAUGGCGUCGCUGGCGUACUCGCCAGACGGGCAGCACAUCGUCACAGGAGGAGACGACGGCAAAGUUAAAGUGUGGAACAGCAACAGCGGCCUCUGCUUCGUCACCUUCACCGAGCACACCAGCAGCGUCACAAACGUCACCUUCACCUCUAGUGGCUUCGUCAUCGUCAGCGCGUCUCUGGACGGGAUGGUCCGAGCGUUCGACCUGCACAGGUAUCGAAACUUCAGGACGUUCACCUCUCCUCGUCCUGCUCAGUUCUCCUCCCUCGCUGUAGAUGUCAGUGGAGAGCUGGUGAGCGCCGGAGCACAGGACUCCUUUGAGAUCUUCCUCUGGUCCAUGCAGACGGGCCGUCUCCUGGAGGUCCUUGGGGGACACGAGGGUCCGGUCAGCUGCCUGUGCUUCAGCCCGGUUCAGUCCAUCCUGGCCAGCGUCUCAUGGGACCGCACUGUCCGGCUGUGGGACAUGUCUGACAGCUGGCAGGUCAAAGAAACGCUUUCCCUCACAUCUGAUGGUUUGUGUGUGACGUACCGCCCUGACGGUCAGGAGUUGGCCGUAGCCACCCUGAAUGGCGACAUCUCCUUCUGGAACCCCCAAACCGCCUCUCAAACUGCUUCUGUAGCUGGACGCCACGACCUGGAGACCGGCCGCAAAGAGACGGACAAAAUCACCGCCAAGCAGUUGGCCAAGGCCAAGGCCUUCACGGCGCUCUGCUACUCUGCGGACGGGGAGUCGGUGCUGGCGGGAGGACAGUCCAAGUUUGUCUGCAUCUAUAACGUGAAGGAGCAGAUGCUCAUGAAGAAGUUUGAGAUCUCCUGCAACCUGUCGUUUGACGCCAUGGAGGAGUUCCUGGACAGGAGGAAGAUGACGGAGUUCGGCAGCUUGGCUCUGGUGGACGAAGGAGCUGGGGACGGAGACGAGGUCAACAUCAGCCUGCCGGGAGUCAGGAAAGGUGACAUGAGUUCUCGUAACUUCAAGCCAGAGAUCAGAGUCAGCUCGCUUCGGUUUUCUCCAACCGGUCGAAGCUGGGCCGCCACCACCACCGAGGGCCUGUUGAUCUACUCCCUAGACGGGUCUCUGGUCUUCGACCCAUACGAUCUGGAUCUGGACGUGACGCCGACCAGCAUCCGAAAACAGCUGCGCCUAAAGGAGUGGAUGGCGGCCAUUGUCCUGGCGUUCCGACUCAACGAGAACGCCCUGAAGCAGGAAGUUCUGGAAACGGUGCCGCACGAUCAGAUCCCGGUGGUCUGUGGCUCUCUGCCCGACGUCUACGUGGAGAAGCUCCUGGGCUUCGUGGCCGAUUGUCUGGAGAAGUCGGGUCACCUGCAGUUCUACAUGACCUGGGCCCAGAACCUGCUGAUGCUGCACGGACAGAAACUAAAGAACAGGUCUGGCUCGGUUCUGCCCACGCUGCAGGCGCUUCAGAAGAGCAUCCAGAGACACUUUGACAACCUGUCAAAGCUCUGCAACUUCAACAUGUACAACAUCCGUUACGCUGUGGCGCUUUCAAAGCAGAAGUGUGUAAAGAGGCCUGCCGAGGAGGAGGAGAAAGAAGAGCAGGAUGAAGGGUUGUCGGAGGAGAUGAGCGAAGCCUCUUUAGAUGACUCAGAGAUGAUCUUGUAGUCUGAUUACUAAAAAUGUCUCAGAUUGACAGAUGUUCAACUGUAAAAGUCCAUUUUUCCAUACUUUAAAUAUUAAAAUAGCCUGUUUUUAUAAUAAAUUCAGUAAAAGUGU